CUCCCGUUCAUAACCAGGAAACGAAUUGUGGAGAGAAAUUCACUGAUGCUACUCACGCUUUGAUCGUCCAGCUUUACGUUUCUAUUGCCCAUUAUAUCCGUCAGUUAAGUACAGUAAAAUGCCUUUAUUUUAUUCGUUGUGCGUGGAUACAAAUAAACGAUGCCGUCGUGUUUGAACGCUUGGGAGUGAAUGGGGGAGGCAGCGGCCAAUGAUCCAGCGGCGAGUGUCCUGUCAGCGCCUCCUCAGCCCGCUCCGACUUAUGGCUGUUCAGCUAAUCUUAGGAGACAACACACAGUGAAGACGGCAGCAUCAUGUUUCUGAAAUCGUCCUUCACAACGCUGAUUGUCGGGGUGUUUGUGGUCUAUGUGCUGCACACCUGUUGGGUCAUGUACGGGAUAGUGUACACCAAACCCUGUGACAACCCCAAAAGUACCAACUGUAUCACACCAUUCCUGGCCUCUAACCCCAAACUGCAGUUGAGCAUCUACACGUCACUGCGACCCAACGCUGAGGGUGGACAUACUUUGAUUCACAAAGAAGAGGACUUUGACAUUGACAAAAAGUUUGAAAGGAUGAUCAAUGUCUCCCUUCCGAAAAAAACACGUAACAAUGGGACAUUAUAUGCCCUAAUAUUCGUCCAUCAAGCUGGUGUUGACCCCUGGCAGGACCACAGACAGGUGCACCUGAUAGCGCAGCUCACCACUUACAUGGUCCCCAAACCUCCGGAGAUCUCUCUUAUAGCUGGAGAAGAUCAAACAGCGGACGUAAAAGAGUCCCAGCAAAAGAAAAGAGCCAAUGCAAAACCAGCAGGGGACGCCAAAGGACCCUCUGCCUCUUCAGAUCACCCAGUGGCUCAUUGGCGAUCACGACUGACUUUCAACAUUGUUGGAGAUCACUUUAUAUUUGACAGAGAGUACCUACCAAGUGAUGUCCACAAAUACCUCAGAGUAUUUCAAAAUGGCAAGAAAAUGGUGUAUCUACCUCUGCUGUUUGUUGAUGAGCUCAGUAACCGAGUCAAGGACCUUAUGGAGAUUAAUAGUACAUCUGCAGAGCUGCCUCUCACCCUCACGUAUGACUCCAUCUCACUGGGCAGACUGAGGUUCUGGAUCCACAUGCAGGACGCAGUCUACUCGCUGCAGCAGUUUGGCUUCACAGAGAAAGAUGCUGAUGAGAUCAAAGGCAUCUUUGUGGACACAAACCUGUAUUUCUUGGCUUUGACCUUUUUUGUAGCUGCUUUUCAUCUCUUGUUUGAUUUCCUUGCCUUUAAAAAUGACAUAAGCUUUUGGAAACAAAAGAAGAGCAUGGUGGGGAUGUCAAGCAAAGCAGUUCUGUGGCGUUGUUUUAGCACGAUAGUCAUUUUCCUAUAUUUGUUUGAUGAGCAGACCAGCCUGCUUGUGCUCAUACCUGCAGGCAUUGGCUCAAUCAUUGAAGUGUGGAAGGUGAAAAAGGCCUUUAAGAUUCAAGUUUGCUGGAAAGGAGGCAAGCCAACGUUCCUGUUUGGGAAGCUUGAUGAAUCUGAAAAAAGAACAGAAGAAUACGAUACACUGGCAAUGAAGUAUCUUUCCUAUCUCCUUUAUCCACUAUGCAUUGGAGGAGCUAUAUAUGCACUUGUUUUCCUUCGAUAUAAGAGUUGGUACUCAUGGGUAAUUAAUAGUUUGGUUAAUGGUGUGUAUGCUUUUGGAUUCCUCUUCAUGCUUCCUCAACUAUUUGUUAAUUAUAAGCUCAAAUCAGUAGCCCAUUUGCCCUGGAAAGCCUUCAUGUAUAAGGCGUUUAAUACUUUCAUUGAUGACGUCUUCGCCUUCAUCAUCACCAUGCCAACAUCUCACAGACUGGCCUGUUUCCGGGACGACGUUGUGUUUCUCAUCUACCUUUACCAGAGAUGGCUCUAUCCAGUGGACAAGACCAGAGUAAAUGAAUAUGGAGUUUCCUAUGAUGAAGACGCUAAAGGAAAAUCUCACAAGGACUGAGAAGACUGUUGAAAUAAUUGGUUGACUGUGUAGUGGACUGUGAAAAUAAUAAGUGAAAUCAUAUGUUAAUGGCCAGAUACUUAUAGAGCCUUUAUGUUGUUUUGAGUCACAAUAGUUAUAUCAAGAAUGAUUCAUUCAAAAGUGCUUACUUACACAAAAGAUUAAUGGUCUUAAUGACUUAUUAUCCAUUGCAAAAAAAAGUAAUUCAGAUUGUGAUAAUAUGGUUUUGUUUUUCCUUAUUUCAGACCAUUAUUUCAGCCAGUCUAUCUAUUAGUUCAAACUUAACUGCUUUUGCACUUAUUAAUCCACACAUACUACAGUGGGCUGGGUGGUACAAUGGGUGAUUUUGAUAUAAAACAUUCCAAAAUAUGGAUUUCUUGAAGUUACAUGUAAUUCCACUAUAGAAGGUUUUCUAGUUGUACCAACUCAAGUAUUGUCACAUAUCAGGGCAGAAGUUUGUGCCAAAUGAAAGACAAGUUUGAAAAUGUAACCAUGUUUAGUUCAUCAUAAACUUUCCUCCUGAUAUUUUUCAGUAGACCACGUUAAAGGGAAAAAUGCAUUUACUUGAAGUGUUAUUUCUUUAAUUUAAACCUGUGUAUGGUAGGACACCAUAAAAUACAAUACACAAAACAAUAUUUUACUGUAAAUGUUUUUGUUGUUUUUUUUGUUUUGUUUUUUGUCAGAUUUUGUUUUUCUAAUUGUGAAUCUUUGGAGGAUAAAUAUUAAUAAAAAUACACAACUAAA